GCAGUCUCAUUGUAGCCAAGCCGCGUUGAGAUAAUUAACAGUGGAUGCAUGAGCGGAGGCUGUUCGAAGACAACUAUUAGAUGGCAAACAAUACACUCAGCAACGGCGGGGUGCCCCAUCACUCGGCUAAUCGGAGGAGUGAAAGGUCAAUCGACAAGUCAAAAAAAGACAUCCCGGCUAUUGAGUGCCGCAACUGGCUGCUGCAUCGCCACUACACGCGUCACGAGUACAAAAUAUCGAAGUACUUAAUUGACCAGGAGUUGACCAACUCCAAUGGGCACAAUGAGUACGCGAGCUAUUUGAAGGGGUUGAUUCUUCGAAGAGAGGGAAAAAUUCAAGUGUCCCUCGACUGCUUUCAGAACUGUUACAAUGUCAAUUCCACGAAUGUCAACAACGUGAAGCAAAUUGCCAAAUCUUUAUUUCUUCUCGGAAGUCACAAGAGAGCUGUCGAUGCUUAUUUAGAAGCCGGCAGAAUGUCAGCCGCACCUGAUUGGGAGAUACAUCACAGUCUUGGUGAGUGCUACGUAAAAUUAAAUUUAUCGGAGGACGCCAAGAGGGAAUUCAAGAGGUCGACAGAAUUGACGAAGAAUGAGAUUCCCUAUCUAUCGCUGGCACGUCUCUACGUUGAGGAGAAUCGAGUCAACGAUGCUAUUGAAGUUUAUUCCGCAGCACUCAAGACUCCUUGUGAGAGCGAGGAUGCAGCUAUUGAGCUGGGGCUCGUGUACCUCAGGGCAGGGGACGAUCAGCAGGCAUUUCAACAAUUCGGGACUGUACUGGCGCAGUCCGCGGGCUGCACCGCAGCUAUUGUACCGAUGGCCUAUAUUAUCCAAACUCAUCAGGAGUACGAUGUUGCGCUGUUCAAGUAUAAAACUGCAGUUCAGAUGCUUCCGGAAUCCUAUCACCUGUGGAAUAACAUUGGCAUGUGUCUGUAUGGCAAGCAGAAAGUUGUUGCUGCAAUCAGUUGCUUGAAGCGAGCUCAUUACUUGAACCCGAUGGCACUGCUUCCGGCGUGUAAUUUGGGAAGAGUACUGCUGACCACCGGCCAGCCAGCAUCAGCAGCAAUUUACCUGUGCUCCGCAGUAACGGCAGCCCCUAAAAAUCCCCAGCCCUAUCUCCUUCUUGGAAUCGCCCUAAAGAAGCUUGAGGAUUUGGAGGGAUCAGAGAAGGCCCUUUCCAAAGCUCACGCGCUGACACCUCAGGACCCCCUCACCCUCAUCAAUUACGCAGUUAUCCUAGAGGAAAGAGGGAAAAGGGAUCGGGCCAAUGAGAUCCUCUCCGACCUCAAGGACAUAGCGGCCGUGACGACUGUCGAGCCGCAGAUUGUGGAGACUGCCAGGGGUUUGUCCCGAAGACUGCUGGCGAGUGCUAGAAUAACUGAAGACAAACGUGUACUUAAUGAAGACGAGGUUUGAAUGGAAAAUGUUUGUUGAAUGGAAAAUGUUUGUUGAAUGUAAAAAAAAACAUUCAACCUCGAAAUUGGAUUUUCGUCGUAAUUUUUCACAUUAAACUGGUCUUUUCUACGAUUGGAGAGAGUGCAUUUAGGGGUGAAGUGGCGAAAUGAAAUGAGUUAAUUGAAAUUUAUGAUCGAAUAUUGAAAAACUCCCCUCGUUAUCAGUCAACAAUGGGGGCAGGAAAAAAGUUUGAGAAAAAUUACCGAACAAGUCAAG